UACUUCUUAUUCCACUUCUAAUUACUUUUUCCAAAACUUCGAGAACAAGAAUGGAAGAACACGCGGAUGCGAAAUGGAAUUUACCGGAAUGGAAAAUAGAGCAGAAGUACAACACAGAUGUACUGAUCGGGAAUUGGAACGAAGAACGACGAGUGUUUGAGCGUGGUGACUCCCACUUUGGCAGUACUCACAGAGUAGACUUCAAAAAUUAUGGAAAAUUCCUACCAGAUGUCACAACCAGAAGAAAAGCUCUUCAGCAACAUAAUGGGCUAGGAAAAGAGUUCAUUUUUUCCCACCAUCAAAAAGCGUAUGUGGGCAACAGAAUAUCCUGGUAUGACCAACAGUUUAACAAGCGCGAGAUUACAGAGUCAAGGCUACCCCCGCUGAGGAGCUGGGAUAGGCAAAAAUUGGCCUGGGCACCAGAAAAAUCUGAUUACCCUACCCAAGGACCUCCUACAAACUACGGGCUUCUGCAGAAACUUCAACAGAAGUGGAAGGAUGAGGCAGCUUUGGAAAAACUUGGAACAAAUGUGUCCACUUACACUGUGUCAUUCACCCAAAAUCCAAAGGAAUCAUUUUCAUUUCAACACUAUGCAAGACCCAAGAGUCUCUCAUGUCACUUCCAUCCACACAAUGUCAACAAAGAUCUCCAUUUACGGGGAAAACAGCUUAGCGCUGCUCCAGAAUUUCCUCCAUCUCUUGCCAUUCCACAUAAUGUCCCUCCCAACUUUCCACAGUCAACCAUACUAGCAGUUUAAAAUAAUUUCAUUUAAAAAAAAAAACAUGGAAUUUUAUGUAUAUAUAUAUAUAUGACGUGUCACUUAACUGUGAUAGCUCUUAGCUUUGGCAACAACCGCUCUCAACACUAAUUUAUUCAUGUGCUUAAUUAUGAUGUAAAUAAAUAAGCGUGAAAAUA